ACACCUGGAACUUCGACCAUCAGUUAUUCUUCAAACGUCUACACGUAGUGUCUUAUUUUCGUGCGUCAGUGAAUAGUAUGUGCCGUGUCGUGAUUUUUAAUGUUUUUAUUUUAGCAUUGUAAUUGUAAUUUUUGUUUUUUAGCAAUUUAUACUAUACCUAGUGUAUAGCAUAUAGUACCUUUACAUGUGUAUCUGUUAACCGGGGAAUAAAUUCAAAUAUGAAAAAAGACAUAAAAAAAAGUUCGUACUACGUUUGGUUUCUCGGAGCUCAGGAAUGUAAGAACGUGAGAGACGUAGAAAGCAUAAUUCCCGUGAUAUCGACUUUGGCUGAAAGGGAAAAGAAAGUGACGCCAUAUAAGUUCACGCUGCAGGUAAGUCACAGGGGAUUGAAGAUCGUACACAAUGUGUCGGCGUUAAUCUCGUUGCCGGGUGGUAAGAGUUCGAAAAGCGACUUGGUCAAGCACCUGAUCCCCGAUCACGCGGUCACCUGCGUCCACCAGGACGAGGACCUGGUGGCCGUGAUCCUGCUCCUCUACAACCCCGUCACCAAGUGGCCCGUCCACGUGCAUGUCUAUCGGUGCGACACCGUGGAGACGGCCACUCUGCUGUCCACACAAUUGCGAAUGCUGGUCGACCGACCGGAGAACAAGAAGAAACUCAACGACAUCGAAUCGAGACUGCAGACCAAGUCCGAGACGCACAGCAGCAGCAGCGUCCGAAGCGAUAGGAAGAGAGAAUCGCCCCCGCAACCACCGUCGUCGUCGUCCGAUAGCGGGGUGCCGGGCCCCGGUGGUCACGUGACCACCCUGUACGAUUCGUUGGCGGCAGAGUUGAAAAAGAAAUUGGGUACCGGGGGCAAGACCGGCGGGGUGCCGAUUUUGUUGCCACCCAGAGACUAUGAUACCGUGCACAGACAUCGGGGAAAUCUAAACGGUAUCGACUUUCGACGGUGCAUGAGCGCAAACAUCGUCGGUGUCAACAGCGGUGGUGCAAGACCACAGCUGGAUUUCCGGAGGUCCGGCACGAAAAUGGGAUCGAGUGGUGGCUCCAGCGGGAUAGGAUCCGAUCAUGCACCAAGUCCGGAACAAUACGAACCGGAAAACGCGUAUGCGGACAACAACUCGUCGUCAGAUGACGACUGGAACGCCAGUCCGUUAGAAGAACCAUUAUUUGCAAAACCUUCGAAUGACCAUCCGUUACCCAGAAUUAGGAGACAAGACAGUGGCGUGGACAGUAGCAGUAGCCCAGUGACAUCGCCGGAAAAAGACUAUUACAAUGGAAGACAAGAGGUCCAACAACACGUCAACGUUCCGAAUGUUAAACGGCAGAACUUUAGUAAUAAUAAUAACAACAACAUUGCACCAAACCUGAGGGAAAAAUAUUCAGAUCGUAACGUUGCGAUGGUCCAACCGAGACCGAGAAACAGUGAAACGGUCAAGAACUCUGCGCCUACGCCCUUAACCAUGCCCGAAUACAGGAAAAAGCCCGUAGAAAUCAGGCAGAGGACACCGUCUCCAAAUCGUUCUACAGUUAGAGAAUCACCGCGGGAGAGAUUCAAGGAUGCCAAAGAAAAGUUCCUUAUGCUGGAAAAAGAACGGAUCGACGAGCAACGAUCCGAACUAAAGAAGCGACUUGAACGACAACGCAAAGAAAACGCAAUGCCCAUGAUCCGAGCUGCGGUCAGAGACUCUUGCAAUUGGUCGCGAAGUCACCAUUCCGACGACGAGGAAAUGGAUAGGAAUCGGUAUGAUGACGAUGGCGACUACGACGACGAUCAUUUUGACCACCAGGUGGUCAAAAAUUACAGAAGAACCAAUCGACCGAGAGAAGGAUUGGAUACUGAUUACAAUGGCGGUCAUUCAAAACCAAAUUCCAAUAGACAGCCGAGAAACUUUCAGCACGAUCACGACGAGUCCAGAAUGGUGUCCAGAGGUUACUCGGCCGAAGACUACCACCCGCAGUCGGACCACAGCUACAGGCCACCGCCCCCGGAACACCAUCGCAAAAGCUCGCCACGCCGGGCCGCGGUACCGGAAGCGCCCCGAGCCGCGCCCAGGCGGAAUCGUUACAACGACGUGUCGCCGCCGCCGCCGGAGCUGUCGUCGCGUGCGGCCAACGAUUACAAACGGCGGCCGGCUUCAUACGCUUACGAAGACGACGUCGGCUGUUGUCCGCCUCCCAGCUACGGGGGCAGACCGCGCGGUGAACCGGACAUCCGGGAGGCAGACGACGACGCAGACGGUCCGGCGCCGAUGAUAUUGGCCGGCCGAGAGUACAAGCGGCGAUCGGCGGCGUACGCUUACGAGGAUCACCACCCGCACCACCACCAACAACACCAACACAACAAACACCAUCAUCAAAACCACCACCACCAACAACAACAAGACCUAGGCGGCAGCGGUUACGGCGGCAGACGCGAGACGACGUCGGACAAGCGGGCGGCGGCGCAUGCGGCCGCGGAGGACAGCCCCUCGCCGAUUUCGCCCAGGUACAGGCACAGCUAUGCAGAGGCGUACCACAGGCACCAGCACCAGCAGGCACAGCCGCCGACACAAGAAUCUGUGUACCGUCACAACGGUUCGUUACAGUCGUCUGGUCGAAUCGGAAUCGCAGCGAUACACCCUUAUUGAUGUACACAUGUCAUCAUAUUGUUUGUUAUAAAUUUAAAAUUAUUUAUAGGUAAUAAUAUAUAAGAUAUAACAUUAUGCAACUGAAUACAAUAAUUAAUAAUAAUAAUAUUAUAUUGUAUGUAUCUAUAAGAAUUAACCCAGUGAUUACCGCGAUGAUAUAUUAUUAUGAUUAUAAUAUGAAGACGAUAAUUUUAUUAUUAUAUUAUAAUAAUAAUAUUAAAUUAUGUAUUUUUCUUGUUUUCUUUGUUUUCUAUUUUCGCGAAUAUAAUUUUUUGUUCAUAA